CCGGCUACGUACGCGCACGCUACCGUACAGUUCAUUUUUUUUUUUUUUUUUUAUCUCCGACCGUUUUACUUAUAUUAUAACACCGCGUAUUUUUUCCGCUUGUUUGUAGGUACAGUAACUCGUGCGCAGUCCACGAGACGCAACAGUCCGGCUGCACGAAGACGGUCGAUGGUUUAACAUCGUUUGUUUGUUUAUUUAUUUAUAUUUUUUCGUAAUCCACUAAUCGGUUUGUUUUCCACGCGCUCAGUAGUUUGUACACGCGAUAGUGUCAUCCGUAUACGCUAAGGUAUACGAUAUAAUCGAUCGCUAUAAAUCCGUUCCGUUGAACUUACCAGUGAACCUAUAUAGGCAUAUAAAUAAUUAUACGUACAUCGCAAUCAAGUAUAAUAGUAAUUAUACCGUUAUACACGCUGCGCGUCGACUGCCGUGCUUCAACGUUUAUUUUACAGUAAGUCUAACAAUUAUUAUUACCUAUAUUAUUGAAAUCCCCCGUUAUUAUUAUCGGUGUGCCCCGUACGAAAGAAUCCUUGUGUGAAUAUUAUAAUAUCGACCAUUCGGUUCGACAUGUCAACCACUCAAAAAAAAAAAAGGACUUUCGUUUAGUAAUUAUAUUUUUCAGUACAAUUUUAAUUCAAUAAAAAAUAAUAGAAAUCAGCAGUUAUAUUAUUGAUGUUUCGUUUAAAAAAAAAACAAAAAUCAUAAUAUUAUUUGCUUAGAUUAUAUCAUAAUAUACAAUUGUAAAUCAUUAUAAUAUUGCUCUCCAGAUAAAGUGUUUAUUAUUAAGUUGAUGAAGUUUUGAAUUGUGGAUAGUCGAAAAUAGGGUAGAUUUUUUUUUUUGUGAAUUAUAACUUAAAAAUCCUUUUAGGUUUUAUCCACGCGUAACUUUUAUAAAAAAAUGUAAACUCGAAUUUUUAGAAAUGUUUAUUUAAAAAUCCACAAAGCACAUCUCUUUGUGCCAACGACUUUAUUUAAAACAUUUGUAUGGUAAUUUUCCUUAAAAAUAUAUUUUAUUUGUUGUUGGAAAUCUAGAAAAAAAUUUCGAAUAUAUUCUGGGUUCAAUUAAGGGAAAAUUCAUCAAAAGACAAAUGAUUUUACCAACUAAUUUUUGUUUUAAACGUGAUAAAAUAUAAUGUCGUCGAAAAUUAUUUCAACUAUACAUAUACUUACAUUAACUUUGUGAAAAUGAAUCGAUCGUCUCAAACAAAUUUUAACAAUAAAUAAUCAUUUAGAGAUUUAUACAAAAUGUUGAAAAUAAAAGUAUCACGAUACGCUUCGUUAUAUAUAAUUCGAGAUAUUGGACGAAAAUAUCUGGGGCUUUUGAACGAUUAUUGGGCGCUCUGGGCAAUUAGCUUGCAUAGGUAAUGCGGCCGAAUGUGGUUAAUCCGGAUCCGGCAGUAAUUAUAAUAAUUAUAUUGCCGCCGAUCGUAGAAAAUCUUUUAAAGCACAUACGGUGUGAAAGUUUUAAAGGAUCUUUUUUAAUAUUAACCGCUCGGAAAUGAUAUUUAAAUAUUCACGAAUCGAAAUCGCAUUAGACGUACACAAACACUCGCGUUUUAUUUCGUAUUUCUUUUCUCAGAUCAUAAUACGCACGUGUAUCUAUAUUAUAUUAUAAUACACAAUAGUCACAAUGAGAAAUCACGCGUAUACGUCUAAAUAAUAAAAAUAUUAUUGUCGGGGUGCAGGCCGAAAUUACCGUGUCCGAAACACGCGGGUUAAUACUUUGCAUAUUAUUGCCGUUUAAACAUCUGUAUAAAUGCUGUUUUGACGUUAUUACAGUUUUACUUUUGGGAACCGCGGUUCUUUUUUUUUUUUUUUUUUAUUGGAUUCCGUUUUAUAGAAGUGAAAACUUAUUCGAUAAUAUAUUUGUAUGUACACACACAUAUAUAUAUAUACCUACCUACUGCAGUACUACACUAUUGGGAUUAACACUUUCGCCCGAAUUAUAUUCUCGAAAAUUCGUGUCCGGUUAAUUUGCUCCGUUGUUAUUGUACCGAUGUAUACAAACGUCGUCAUCAUCGCCGAAAUCAUUUAAUAAAAUCAUUAAAAUGCGUAUCACACUAUUUAUGGUACGGACCAAAAAAGCUCUGUUUUCGGUUUACAUUGUGUAUCAUUAUCUCUUUGGAAAAUACGCAUAAGCACAUAUCAUGAAUAUGCGACUGAUUUUCUAAUAUUAAUUACAAAGUAUAAUUAUAAUAAAUCGUCAAAAGUAUGCCUACAUAUGUGCAUACGAUAUUUUAUUAGGUUAUUAAUUUCUUUAACUUUUACUCCCAUUAUAAAAUGACGUUCUUUUUUUUUUUUUUAUCAACGGUUAUAAUAUUUUUUCGUUCGCUGUUUAUAUUUAGAUUCUGACUGAAGCGUAUAAUGUAUCGGUUUUACUAUAAUGUGUUUUUUAAAAAAAAAUUAUCUACCAAAAAUGUUGCUCCAACCAAAUACUUUAUAAAAACUUUCUUGUAGAAUUUUUGAUCUAGAUGGUGCAUUGUGGAAUUCAUUUUUUGAUUUCCCUUGUUUUCUUUAUAAAAAUGGGAACAACUGACGAGGUUUUGUAUAAUUUUUGUUGAUUUCUGGGAUACCUUGGCAACAAUGGAAAUAACACGACUAAUAAUACUCGGCUUAGAAUCGUUUUUCGUUAGCAAUCAUUGCGUACAGAUACCGAUUUAUUUGCACUGUACAUUGUCUAUUCAUACUUUCCUUCUAAAACGGUGGCAUAUCUAUCAGUAGUAUCAGCGUUUUUUUUUUCACGAUGAUGACAUAGUAUUUAUAUUUCCGAACUACAAACGAAUAUUAUUUGUUACAAAAAGUUUUACACGUACAUAAUUUUAACAUAAAUAUAAUUGCGAAUUUUAAAUAUAGGUGAAAAACAAUGUUAUAAUUAUUAUUAUAAAUAAUAAUACCUAUAAGGUUGUAACAACUUCUAUAUAAUAUCUAUAUAGUUCAACAGACCCGGUGUCGGUAUCGAAUUCCGGUUUUAUAAAAUUAUAAAAUUUGAUCCCGUAGCUAUAUAAUAUUUUUUAUCUCUUUGUCGAGAUUGGCUCUAUCUUAAAUAAACUAUACUUAACUAAAAAAAAAUUAAACCUUAUAGCGAGGAAAACACAGUUGAAAAUAUUAGGUCUUCUAUAAAUAGUAUCAGUGUAUAUGUAACUAGGUAGGUACAUAAUUAUACACACCUGUAUCCACACUAGUUACAUAUACCUAAUAUACAUGCAUAUAAAAACAAACGAUUUUUCGCGACCUUUAUAAUUAUGCAUUAUAAUAUAUAUUAUACGUGGGUACAAAGAGCAUAAACAUUAUAAUUACGUAUUUAUUUUCAUAAGCGUUUUUUAAUUGCUCAAUUCGAAUUUAGACGUUUUAUACGAAUAAUAAAAACAGUACAAUUUGUUUCAUUACAAACCGUUUGUUAUAUAGUGUAAUAAUAAAUGCAUAUAUGUGUAAAAAUGGUAAAAAUAAAUAUUAUUUCACUAGAUCAUGUUCAACAUUUUAAUAUAUUAUUUUGGAAUAAUCGGGCGAUUACUAUAAUACCGCAGUGCCUUGCGUCAAAGUCUCUCUGCUCUGUAUAAUAAACUCGUAUUAUUAUAUUAUUACGAAACGUUAUCAAACAAACUCACCGUACUGUAUCGGCGAAAUAAUGGGAAAUUCGUAUAUAAGGAAUCACGGAUUAAAAAUAAACGCUGCGCCAUCAAGCAUCUUCCUGAUUACACAUUGUUUUUGUUACAUAAAAUAUAAAUGGGUUAUUGUGUGUGUAUUGUAAAAUAUAAUUUAAAUUACACAAAAUAAACGAACAACCUACUCGCGAUAAAGAAAAAAAAAAAGAUACGUACUAGAUAACUGUACGUAAUUUACGUAAAUUAUAAUAUAGUUUCUCAACAUUUUCGGCCAAUUAAACAUUAUAGUUUUAGUAUAUCGAACAAACAUUCAGUGUACAAAAAAAAAAAAAAAAACGCAUAUGUAUAUAUAGACGUUAAUAACUGCAAAUAGAAACACACAUUUUUUUUUUUUGUCUUCUAAAUUGUAUGUUUAGGUAUUUAAUAUAUUACUGGUGAUUUUCAUCAAUCCCCUAUCGAUUCUAAUAUAACCAAUUACAAUGUAUUUAUUUGAAUUCGUAUACAGUAUAUUUAAUAUGGGAAGGGGGAAAACUUAAAUUUGUUUUGAAUACUGAAGAACAUAAUUGAUGGAUUUUGGAUUUUAACUUACAAGUACAAUCAGAAUGUCGAAAAUUGCUAUAAUAUUUAUUUAUUCAUUGGUGAACACCAAUAAAUAUAGGAGCAAAUGUGUAUUAAAAUUGGUUUUUCUCAAUUAUUUUAUGAAAACAGCUUGAAUGUUCAAAAAAUGAUUACCUCAAUGCAUAAAUUAGAUCUAAAAUGCAAUAAAAAAAGGUUUCUUGUUUUUUUUUUUGUUUGGAGAAAGAUUUCUAGUAGUUGAGUUGUAGUAAAGUUGCCUACAGAUAGAAUAAAAACAAAUAAAUAAAUAAGCACAUAUCAUAGUAAAACCAAUACAUUCAUCAGAAUAUAAAAUUGUAACGCUCAGAAAAUAAUCUAAAACAUAUUAUUGUUGAAAAAAACCGAAUAAAUUUAAUUCACUGCAGUUCGAAAUAAUUUUUGGUUUGUAUCUUAAUGCAGAGUUCAAACUAUAAAGGUUUAAUUUUAUAUAUUCCCUUUUAUAGUUUUUGAAUUAUCGUUAAUAAAGUCAAAACGAGUUAUCAUGUAGGUAAUUUAUUUCUAUUUACAUGUUUGAUUACUAAAUAUUAAAUAAAGUAUAUUUAAAGUGUGUUAAAUAAAAGUAAUUGGAAAAGUAAUUGUCUAUAAUUUUAAUUUUAAAAUAUUUAACUCGUUAUUUGUAGGACAUUAAAAGAAGGUUACUUAUUUUUUUUUUUUUUUUUUUUUUUUUACGAUAAUAAUAAGUUGGUUUUGUUAAAUUAUUACAAUAAUAAUAUAGUGAUUAAUAAUUUGUUUGUUGAUUAUAAUAACUUGAUAUUAUGUAUUCAAAUAUAUUGACCUAUAUCAUUUUGAUAUAUAUUUUUAAAAAUUAUAUAUUUGGUCUCUGGGAAAGAAGAGCUUAUAUCUAUUUUGUGUAGUUUUCAAUACAAACAAAUUACAUUUUUAAAAUUUUUAAAUGACAUAAUGGACAUAAUUAUUAAUUUACUUAAUGGCCUAUCCGAAAUUCAGACGUUUUAAAUGCCCUAAGUCAUAUAAUUAUAUGACUCAUGCCUUUUUUUAUUUCAAAAAAAAAGUCUACCAUAUUGACUUAAGAUAUUUUAAUACUAUACAUACUAUACGUUUCGAGCUGAAAAAAAAAACGGGAAAAAAAUUACAUACUAGGCCACAAUUAUAAAAAUCAAAAAAAAAAAAAUUGACUUUAUAAGUUGUCUCUAUGAGUUGUGACCAAAGAUAUUGUUAUUGCGUUUUAAAUAAUAUAUUAUGUGCUGGGAAUAUAUUAUUUAUUCUGAAAAAACGCUUGGCCAAAGCACUUAUACAUUAUUGUAGUGUAGCUAAACCGAAAAUGGUGAGCGAGUGCCGAGUAUACUGCCCCCUAAAAAGUGCGUUUUCUGAAAUCCAAAAAAACUAAAAAACUAGUCAUAUAUUUACUCCAUUCGUAAAGUAAUUUAAUAAGUGCCUAAAUUUAACGGAAAUACGACAUGCAUUUUGUCUGCAUUUUAUUCCGCCGCGAAGAACCCGAAUUCCACACGUGCUUUUUCGCAUAGAUAUUUGUUAUUUAAAAAUUAUCCGCCCUUUUAACAUUUUUAUGAGCUCAUGGCGAAAAUUUCAAUAAUUAUUGGCUAUAAUAAACUGUUGUACUUCUAUAAUACUCGUGUAAUGCCGCGUAUUAUUAUAAUAUUUUUAGACGUGUUAAAAAAAAAAAAAAAAUUAAAAUAAAAAAAUACCGAACGCUAAUAAUAUAGUGCACAGCUAGUUGCAAAGUAUACUGUUUAACUCGUCCGUUAUUUAUUAUGAAUCUAUAAUUUACAAGCAAUAUAGUUAACUAUUACUAUAGCUGGUAGGUAGGUGCCUACCUAUAAUACGAACAUCUCCAUUAACUAUCGGACUGACCUCUUCAGAUAAAAUAAAAUUACGGUGUUAGUAGUGCUGUGGCGAUUCGAUUGUAUUAAAUAUAUAGGUACCAUAUCACGCGUCGAAUUUCUGCGGUGAAAGCUUCAAUUAAUCGGAGAUCGAACUAUAUUAAAAAAAUAAUAAUAAUAAUGAUAAUAAUAAUAGUAGUAUGGUAUUUACAUUGUAAUUUGUAUCGAUGAGGAAAAAAAUUGUAAUCGUUAAUGAAACUUAUAUAUAUAAAAAUAUAAUAUCUUGUAGCUUUUUCCAUUUGACUAUAUACACUCGUGUACAGUACGCGUGGCCAGAGAUAUCACACUCGAAGAGUGUACCUGGCAUUAUAAUAUAAAAUGGAUCACGACUGUCGCAUUGUCGUAAUAUAAUGUUAUUUUGAUAACAUUCAUUGGACACACAGAUCACAGAUCAUACAGAUCACACACGAAAUACUAAUCAAAUCGAUAAUCUACACCAUUUUAUUUUUCACACGCUUUUGUAGAUAAGUAAUAUCACACUACACCGCCGUAUGGAAUUUACGUUAUCUAUUGCUUCGGUGAUGGUGGAUGAUAGUAGGCGAUAAAUGUACACCAGUGUAUUCCGAUGGAAAACGCUAUUAAUUAUUAUAAUACUAACUAAUUUAACAUUAUCAUAGUUGAUACAGUUAAAUAGAAGAAAAAUCAAGGCUUCUUCGUCUCUAUACGCGUAGAAUAACUAACCCUUGACACAUAUCGGGUAGUGCUACACUUUAAUUGUAAUUUUAUUGUCGUUAUAUUAUUAUUAUACUCGCGUCUCGUUUUAGACUUGAACUUAUACGUGACCGGGGUGUACGAUAAUAUUAUUUUGUAUAUCCGAGUCCGUAUCGGAUGUUUUUAUAUGUAUAGGACAAGGUGAAAAUUAUUAUUGUCACUUUAGAAAAUCACCAGGUAUGUAGUAAAAUAAUUCCAUGAUGGGAGUUUUAAUUAAUGCAUAGGCACCUAUAUACUUAUAUGUUUUUAUACAUACUUUACCUACGCGACGCACGUGAUGGGUUUUUUAAAUUAUCGUUUAUAAACGAAACACACGCGUAUAUUAUAGGAAUAUUACACAUCUAACAACCUUUCUUUUGUCGUUCACGCAUCAAUAUAACAUUAUUGGUACGGAAUUAUUUAGGUUUACACGUUUUGUAUAAUUUACGUCGAGAUGCUUUUUAAAAACCAAUAGUAUACAAUUGUGCUGUAUCGUACAUUUUUAAUAUGCCUAUACGAUUUGAACGACGAUAGUAUUUAAUUUAAUAUAGUGUACGCAUCGGUACCUUCGAUACUUUUUCGAUACUUAAGACAGUAUCGAAUAUCGAAAUCGUGGAAAACACAUUUCGUUGUUUUAAUAUACUAUAUUAUUAAAACAAUAAAUGAUGAUGACGUGAUAAUCACGUUAAAUAGAUUAAAUGAAAUGUAUUAGUAUUGGGGAUCUAUUGGUUUCACUAUGAUGUAUAUUUUUUUUUCAACAAUUUUUCUCCUAGAAAUCUUGCUACAAUCAAACCAUGACAAGAGGUCUUUUUGUUACAUUUUGGCUCUAGUUGGUACUUUAAACAGGUAAUUUUUUGAAAUUUCCAUUAUUAUUCCAGAUAACUUGAAGAUUAACUGGUUCUUUAAGUUAAAUAAGAUUAAAAGAUUAAAAAUAAGGUUGUCACUGCCAACCGUUUUGAUUUAUUUUUUGUUAUUAUUAAGUUUUUAUUAUUUUAAUCUCUUUUAAAUAAUCGUUUUUGUGAAAAUACACGUUGUUUUUUCUUCUUCUUAUUAUUAUUUAUUUUAUAGUUUUUUUCCUUAUUCAGAAUGGUUUAUCGUUACUUAUAGGUAUACAUUAAAUAACUUUAUGUAUUCCAUCAUCCCAACUACCCACCUACAACAAUGGCUAUACCCGUUUCGAGUAUCCGCUCUUUUUUUAAAAUUUGUAUAUCCUGAUUUUAAAUAGUGUUUUAUAAUAACAAAUAAUAUUAAAUAUUAAUUAUUAAUAUAUUAAUAUAUAAUUUUAUUUUUUUUUUAAACAAAGAUAUCAAUCUUUGAUAAUCGAGUAGUGGUAACGAGUAUCAAAUUGGUAUUUGCCCAUCUUUAACAAAUAAUCUAUACGUUUUUUAAUACAGUGUCCUCCGAACAAUCAAGCCUGAAAUACAAGUAUUGCAGGAGUAUACAACUUUUAAUUAACUUUGAACCAGUUCAAAGGAGCAGGGGCAUGCCCAACAAUAUUUAAUAGGACGGGAUGUAGUAAAUAAUAAUUAUGAUUCGUAGAUAAAUUGUAGAAUCUUCUUCUGUUCAUAGUUUAUACUCAAAUCGAAAAUGAGAAUUUAAAAGCCAGGCCCAAAAACGCCAGUUUUAUUUAAUAAAUCUAGCUUUUUUUCGUAGUAAUUUAGCUAAAGUAUAUAAUUUCGUGAUAAAAUUACCAAAUUAAUAUUUAUAUUUAUUUUAUUUUUAAGCCAAUGCAGGAUGUAACCCUUAAACUCCUCCUGCGUAAGCCACUGUUUUUGAUCACCGAAAUAUCUGAUUCUUUAAAUCAGAGUACUAAUUUUGAUCUAUAAAUUUGAUUAAUUUUAAUACGGCGAUUCGUCAAGGUUAAACAUGCUGUUAUACUAAACACUACACUAGUAAACAAAAUAACAAGUUGUAUUAUUUGUCGAGUGUUAAAAUAGUAAAGAAAAUUAAUGUUUUCAUCGAACGAACAAUUCGAGAUGCGUGUAAUACAAUGAUGUAGACUAUAUUAUUGAAAAAAAUGAUUAUAUUCUUCCUACAAAUGUUACCAACACGAACGAAUAUAAUAAUAUAAUAUACAUAGUUUCGUUUUCGAUUUUUUCUCCCUCCGUUUUUAAACAUAACACGGAACACUAGGCAAUCGUGUUUGAUGCGUCGACGCGCUUUAAUCCGUGUAAUAAUAUAUAAUAUUGUAUACAGUUUUUUUGAAAUUUUAUACAGUUGUAUAACAGAUAAAAAAAAAAAAAAAUAGUCAUAAUAAUAAUACGUUUGUGUUAUACUGUCGUUGGUGGAAAGAAAUCAUAACGGCGUGGGAGCGUUUUCGAGCGUAUUAAAGAGGAACACGUAAUAUUAUAAAACACGAUAAAUACACAUACGCACCGGCACUUUGUACACAAUUUAAACUAUUUCAAGGAUUUAAUUUCAAUUGUUAAUCAUAUACAUAUAUGUAUCCACGAUUUAUCCACCCGUGUGGUGACAUUCAACAAUGACGAUAUUUCGUCAUUCCGGUGUAUCUAUAUGCGUAUAAUUUUUCGCGAUGUAAUACGCGAAAUAUCUCAAUAAUAUUUGGUUAACUAUAUUAUCAUAUUUUCAAGAUAAACGGAUGAUAGUCCAGAUUACAUCCAGGGUCGGAUACAGAAGGCUGCUUGUUGUUUUCAUUUUUAUAAACGGUAAACAGCAGUGCCUGAUAGCGUUCCCUAUCAAUACUUAAUUAUGGGAUCCUUAUUGCUUCUUCGUCUCAAGACACUAUUACAGGUUUGAAUUUGCUUGUAAAAUAGGCGCAAAUAGCGGACGGGGGGGGGUUGGCCAAAAAAUUAAAGAUUUAUUGAACCUGAACGUUUUUGUAUGUUUUGAAAAUGAAAUGAAUGAUGACUUAUGACUUUUUCUUUUUUCGCUAUUUAAAUUUUUUCUAAAACGCUCUUUCAUUUUAAUCUCCUUGAGUUCAGUUUACGGUAAUAGAAUUAACUAGAGAUACAGAGUAGGUAUAUACGAUUUCGGUAUACGACGUUAUAACGCGAAUAUUUAAUAUUGACGUUCGAUUUAAAUUUAGAAGAAAAUAAAAUAGAGAAGCCAACUGCGUAAAAUAAUAUUCGUUGAAAAAAAAAAUUUUAACGUAAACACAUAACGGCGUGAGAGUUUUUUCAACGACUACUGAAUAGUACACGACGGUGGUGUCCAGUGUGUAUAUAGAGAAGGUCAAUGUCGCCGCGAUAUUAGCGAGUGAAAGUAUAAAAAAAUGUAAUAUUAUUUACGACGAACACUGCAGAUAACCUUCACCGGUGCUAAAUAAAAUAAUAAAAAUAGAAUAAAAAAAAAAAUAAAAAAAAAAAAAAUACACAUGGCGUAUGUCGUAUUCUCGAACGGCACGAGGUGCUCUCCGUGUUUUAACAGUGUAAACACGCGCACAGCGCACGGUUGGCAUUUUAAUUGAAAGACGCGCGCGUGUUAUAGUACUACGUGUGUUUUGUACAUUGAUAUUUCGUUUUUACCGUAGGUACAGCAGGUAGGUAUAUUAUUGGCGUACACUAUUUUUUACUGCACGACACGUACUCGCGGGUAAAAGUCACUAUCGCGAGCAUUGUAUUACCCCCGUCCAUUCAUUCGUUCAUAAAUAAUGCCAGUGAUCGAAUUAGAAACAUGAAAGAAGAAGUACUAUAGAACUCGCAAAAACAAUUAGAGUCUCUUGUAGUUAUAUUGUACUCAACGUAAACCGUGGUGGGCCUACACACUAGGGUAACCAUAUUUACAAAACUUAAAAACCGGACGAAAUAUCUUGCAUAAAACAGAAUGUAUGUGGUCAUUCUAACCUACACUCCACAUUAUACAAUUUUUAAACAUAAUUUGGUGAUUAAUAAUUUACAAAAAAAAAGUUAAAAACACUACUGUAGUUUUUCAUUAUAUAUAAACGAGUACAUUUAUUUUAGAUUCUACCAGUGGCGUGCCGACGGGAGAAAUAGGGAGGCGAUCUGAAUAUUUUAAGGCUAAGCCUAAGGCUGGCGUCACACGAGCGUACAAAAUGCGCCCGUUACGACGGACGUACUUUUUAACGCGCGUGUUAUAGCGGGCACACGAGUGUUGAAAUGACGUCCGUUGAAAAUAAUUCUAAUUGUAAAUUAUUGCUAUAUAUUUGUACAUUAGUCAUAUUAUACUAGUUGUAAACGGUAGUGUCAAUCGAUUAAUUUUUACGAUUUUUUACGAUGGAUACAUAUAAUGUUUUUAUUUAUGGUUUUUUAGUGUGAUUAUACACUAAAACAAAAACAAAACAUAGAAAAAUUAGGUUAAUCCAAUCGGUCUUCAUCAGUUGUAUUCCAUGAAACUCGAUAUUUUUGGACAUCACUAAUUAACAGCUAGUUGUCUAAACUAAAUACAUAAAAUUUUGAAAAGAAAUUGAAGAAAAUGUCCAACGUGUUAAUUUCAGUAUGAACGUUUUGUAAGUAAUUUCAGGUUGUAGUUUCGUUCACUUCAAUACACUCACAGUACCUUGUGAGCACGUGUGUCCAUUUAUAUUCGAACAAUCAAUAUAAUUCUAAACGCACGUUGAUAAUUUUCCGACGUGUGUACUAGAAAAAAUACGUCGAUAAAAAAUUGACGUCCGUAAGAACGCGCGUUAUUUUUAACGUACGUUGCUCGUGCGCCCGAUCCCAAAACCGACAAUGUACUUCUACGACGCACGUCAAAAAGCACGAGCGUAUCGACGCAUUGCUCUAUAUGAAAAUUGUUAACAAAACGAUGAAAACUCAGUGUUAAAUCUCCACGGGGGAGGGUCGAGGGUUCGUCGCUAGGUAGGUGGGUAUCAGAUUAAAAUGCUCGCCUUUUAAAAUAUUUGAGUUGGCCACGCCACUGGAUUCUAUACUACGAUAGAUUCACCAGGUAAGAAGUGUGUUUUUUUUUUUACCGUGGUCUUAAGUGGAAAAUAGGUAUACUGAAUAUUUAGCGCAAUGAGGAGGUCGUCAUCAGUGUUAUUAUCUGUAUUACGUAUCCACUUAAUCAAUGAUGAUAAUAAUGUUUUUACUGUAAAGCGGUAUAAUUGUUAUUAAUUGUUUAUCCGCGGUCGUAAUUUAUAAAAAAUAUAUGUAUACAUAUAUGUGUAUACGAUUGCUAAACGUUCAUGGUUAUCCAUUGUUUACACUAUUGGUACCUAGGUCGCUAUAUAUUAUUAUAAUUAUACGGUUUUCUUUUAUUUUCGUUUAAACGCACGUUUCGCGAUUGUAUAAGUUCUGUUUUUACUAUUAUCAUUAUGCUCGUGUUUAUACUGGACGCGCGUGCCGUACCUACAAGAUUUACGGCCCGAAAUCCACUGAGAUCAUAAACCGUUUGUUACGUAAUGUACGUUUGUACAACGAGAAUAGCUGAUAGUAUAGAUACCGUUUGUGCUCUAUGAUAAUGUGUAAACAGUUUUGAUUUCCGUUACUAUUUUUCCUCCAGCUGAUUUUAUCGCUCGGGAUUUACGUUAAUUUUAAAAAAAGAAAAGCCAUUUCGUCAUCUGCUACAAAUCUACACACGUUUAUGAAUAGUAUUUUAAAGUAAAAUAUUAUUGUUGUUUGGUAAAUGAGUACUUUCGCUGCGAUAAUUUGAUAUUGAAAUUCCUUUAUAAAAAAUAUACUACAUUAAGCACAAAUGUUUUUUUUUUUUUUUUGACCACAAAGUUUGACUUAUAAUGACGUCCAGUUAAAUUUUCGCGCGUUUCUGUUUGGUUUAAUUAUUUUAUCUAUAGAGUACCUACCUAAUAAAAAUUUACUAAUCAAAUUUAAAUAUCUAUAUAAAUAGCUUAAAAAUGGAUGAAAUGUUUUGAAAAUUUUAUCACGUCUAGAAAUUACAAGUAUAGGUUUUCUCUCAUAAUGUCUCUGUAAAUAUUUUUAACUGAAACACAACAAAAAACAAAAUUUAAAAUAAUAUAUUUCGUACAUUUUCCCGUUUUUCCAACGAUUUUUCCCAAUUGUCAUGAAAACCACUUGGAAAAUCAACAACCAUUCUAAAGAACUAACCAUAUAAAAUUUCAUUUCAGAAAAAAUACUACACUUUAAAUCGAAGAAAAAUGUCUAGUAGAAAAGUUGUUUAUAGAAAAAAAUUAUAAAUUAAUGUAAAACCAAGAAGCUUCGCUCAAAAUAUAAAAGGUCUCUUUGUUUCUUGAUUGGAGCAAUAUUUCAGUUAGAAAAGUUAUUCAUAGACAUAAUGUCUAUACCAUAAUAAUUAUGGUAAAAAAAAAUCGCUCCGUAAUGCAAAAAAAUGCAUUCAAGUGGCAAGUUUUAAAACAAUAUUAUAAUUAAUUUUUAUAAAAUGUGGUCAAAUUAUACAGUGUACAAGUAAAGUAGGGGAGGGGAAAAUUAAAUUAUUAAUUUAAAAUAAUCUACUUGUGUAGAUUAUACAGAUUAUAAAUCUACUUAAGAAAUGUUAAGAAACUUAUUCGUAAUUUUUUUUUUUUGACAGAUAAAAUGUUCUAUUUCGUUUUUUAUAUUUGCGAUUGUCAGUUCAUCUGACUGACCAAUGAAUUAUUGUAAAAAAUUAAACGUCAUAGACAUUAUUUUAAAUGCCAUAUGGUAAUAAUAUUCUACCUAUUGAAUAAGAUAUAAUUUAUAUUGAGAGUUUGUACAUAAUAGCAUGCGUAAAAUUUAAGUGAAUGAACCCUGCAGUUAAAUAAUAAUCUUAUUGUAGUUAAUAGACAGUUAUUAACAACAACAAUGAUAAUAAUAAUAAAUGCAAAAUUCUCAAUAAAUGUUAUUUUUACAUGAUUUAUUGUGUCAUACACUUUCCUUUUUAUUUUAUUUUUUUUAUCAUACGUGUUACUGUUUUGACUUGAUACUAUUACACUAGGAGAAUUGAUUUGAUCACACAUUCUACACCUACUGUUAAAUAGCAAGACAAAAGAACAGGAAAUUAUAUUUUUAGACAAUAAUAAAGAAAAAAAAAUUAUGAAACCGUUUAGACAUAUCUCUGGAACAAAAUACCGAUUUUGGUAAAAAAAAAAAAAAAAAACAGAAAGCCAUUUAUAAAAUAUAUUUUAUCACGAAAUACCAUAUUAUGUAUAUUGCAAAUAUAAGUUAUUAUUUUUUAAGCUUUCUAUGUGAGUUUUAAGUACAAGAAGGUAGAAGGAAGGUUGCGUAUGGACUUCAAAACUAUACAAAUAAUUAUAUAAAUAUUGUUUAUAUUGAACGAAAUCGGGGAAUCACUUAUGCUCCGGCAAUAUACAAUAACCAGAGAUAGGGUUUGGACGUUGUAGCCCUUUAAAACAUUAAAAAAAAAACAACCAAACAUUUUAAAAUAGCCCCGAAAAUAACUAGUAAUUAAAAGAAAAAACAAUUUAAAAUUAGAAAAUACCCUCAAAAAAUUUGAGAAAAGAAAUGUCUAAAGUUAAAUAUAAAAAUUUCGUCCACUUUCGAUGUAUGAAACGGAUACGUAGUCGUGAGUGCCGUGUUAUUUGUAGAUAUGUAACUAAUUAUACAUGCCGGUGUAUGAUUGUACAGAAUUUUACCUGCGGUUUCUCGUUAGUAAUAUCUACCUGAAAGAAAAUUAAUUCUUGGCGUGUAAAAAACCGUUACAGUACCGUUGUAUAAAAAAAAAUUCAAUUUGAAAAUUGCGACAUUAUUUGAUUUGGCCAAGAUAGAUAUUUUGAAAUUAUCGUAAUAUCCAUCAUACUUCAAUUUCUGUCACCCAUAAUAAUUUAAUUUAAUUUGACAAUAACAUAUAUUUUAUAACCGUGUUAUGGUUUAAUUUGUAUAGGUGUUGUAAUAAUUAAUACUGAUUGGUCAUUGACAAACAAGUUCAUAAUUUUCGCACCUACUCGUAAGGAUGGGAAUUCUAUAAGGGGAGGGGACUAAACAAAUUUACUUUUCGUAUGCUUUAAAAAUUUAUUUGUAACAUAAGUUUUAAUUAUUGUAUAAUAAUUUAGUAUAAGUUCUAUUUUAAAAUUAUCUACAUGUAAAAGGUGGCUUCAGUAACUCCCAUUUUCUUGUAUCCAUCCCUGCUUAUUCGUUUAUACACAAUAAUACCGUGAUUUUUGUUUGUAAAUUUUAACCUCGAAUUACUUUAAUAUUUCAAAUACAAAUAAAAUAUAUUUUUUAAUAAUGUUUCGUAGUACACAUACAUAAUAUGAUGGCGUCAAUCAUAUAUCUUUAAUCCCAUAGAGAAUAGAAUAAGUCAAUAUUAUAUAGUUUUUAGUACAAGCAGUUUAAAUUUCAAAAAUACGUACACUUAUACAUUAAUACACUAUAUACACUGAUUUUGAAAAUGUAUACAAUUAUGCCAAUUGGACCGAAAAAUAAAGGGUAACAAUUUCAUAAGACAAAAUUGUAAGAAAAAAUGCCAACAAUUCAGCCCUUCUUUUCUAGAACUAAAAAUACAUUGUUUGGUAUAAUACUACUGAUAUAAUACUGAUAUGGUUUUAAUGUAUAAUAUUGGACAAUUGAACCGAAAAAAAAAUAAAGUUCACUGUACCUACUAGCUGUGGUUUUGUUUUUUAUUUUUCGCGAAUCACCAAAAAAAAAAAAAAUGUUUUUAAUGAUCGCUAAAGCGCAGUGUUCCGGAGGGCCAAAAAUGUAAAUACGUCUGUGGUAAAGUCCACGUCAUAUUUUUAAAUAACGGGACCAUUGUCGGAUGUAUAAUUAUUUGAUUAUAAUUAUACACUGUGUUAUGCUAAUAAUUAAUACAUGUCAUAUAAUUAUAUAAUAUUUUUCGAUGAUUUCUUUUUAUUUUUAUAAUAAUUAAUAUGUUGUUUUCGUAUGAUUAUUCAAAAAAUAAUAAUGUAUGAAGAAAAAUAUGAUGUUAUAUAACGAAUAGAAAGGAAAUAUUAUACUACUAUAUUACAUUUCAAUAGUCGAGUAACUCCAAUGAAUUAUAAAUUCGUAUUCAUGACACUUAAAAUAAUUAUUGAAAUGAAUUACAUACAUUAUUUAUUUUUAACUACGUAACGAAGUAAGCAAAUGACGAAAUGUUAUUUAAUAUAAUAAUUUCGUGUGUUUCAGGAGUAAAUGGGUUUUACCGCUGAACAAUGAUGUGUGCAAGGAUUUUUACCUGUUGGAUUUCUCUGAGUAUCCUUUUGGGUAAAUAUUUAUAGAUAUUCGUAUAUACUUUGAUUUGAAAAAUUAGUUAUACAUUUGUAAUAUUAUUUUUUUUUUUAUUUAGGAUCUGUUUUAUUUGUCAGAGGUGAACAUUUCUUUUUGCCCAAGGAAAACAAUGUAAGUGAAAUAAUUGUAAUUGUCGAGCGAGUUUAGAUUAACAUUAAUACAAGUAUAAUUUCAAAUAGGUUUUCUCCAACGAUUUGCAAGAUGACUGGAUACCGGUAUCUGGUAUUGAUAAAAGGUCGACCAGGCCAAAUCACGGUUUUACGCAAAUGGUCCACAUAACUCCACCGAUACGAUACCCUAACCAGCCGCUCAACCAACAGUCGUCGGCUUCCAACAAGGUCGAAGUGUUCGCACAACCACCGCCUAUAUUGGGUUCUUUUAGUGAAUUCGGUCAUGCGACCGUCGAAGCUCGAGAGCCGACGCACGCUUUGAACUUUAGACCCAGCUAUAGCUUUGACAGGAACUACGAAGAAAUAGACGAACGACGUUAUCAACAAAACGACUUUCACGAGUCUUCUGAAGAACAAAAGCCUCCAUCGAUUGUCGUAUUCAACGCUCAGCAACGUCAUCCUCAAAAUUAUCAUAAAAUUGCACCCCCACAAUCACAACCCCAGCCAUUUUACCAAAAUUAUCAACUUCACAAUAAUCAUAAUAACCAUAACCUUAACAACAACCACAAUACUAUAAAUAACAACCAUAAUCCCAUUAACAACCACAGCCCUAACCAUAACCAACACAAGAAUCAUGGAUUCAAAGAGCCUGCACUGAAUGUACACGAGCUUGCUCCUCCCAAGAGGCUAUCGUCUUAUUACGUUCCCAACGAUCGUAUUUAUCCGAGACCACCAGGUAACAACAAACAAGUGUACGCGGAACAAAGACCUAAACCUUUUCUGGUGACCCCGGCAGAUCCGAUUCAACAACAACAACAACAACAAAAACUGCCGCAACACCACCAACAACAUAUACAACCUCAGCAGCAUCAGUUUAAGCCAUCGGUGGAAGCAGAUGAAUCCUCUGGAUACUUUCAGAAAUAUCCUGGUAUUGUGGAAAAUCAGAAAUUGUUCCCGGAAAUAUCGCAUUUCGCGCGACCGUUCGAGCAAACCAAUAACGAUCACAACGUGUUUAUAAAACCCAACCAGUUCGUGCACAACUUAAACGUAGGCACAGAAGUGCGGUUUGGCGUGCAAGAACAAGGCGGCGAUCAGCCCCGAAAACCUGUCUCAUCGUUGGACUUACCGGCAAGACCGGCGGUUCCGUUACAAGAAUUGCCGAAAAGACCGCUGGCGAUCCCGUCGGAAUUUUCUGCUAGACCGUCCAUUUCGUUGGAUCUAUCGACAAAUUCUGCAGGGUUUACGCAUCCUGCGACCAGACCGUUCAGCAAAUUUCAGACACAAUCUCCCAAAAAUGAAGAGUUAUAUCGGAUAUUCCCGGUAAAAGAAGUGAAUGCGUUGCCCACUUUCUUACCUACCCCGGUAACGUUGGUCCAUCAACCAAAGUUACCGUACUUCAAGGAACCGGUGGUAAACGGUGGAUCGUCUGAGUACGAUACACACGAGGAACUAGACGAGAACGAUUCUAGUGAACAAUACGACAUACUGAAGAGCCCGACGAAGCCAAUGGUGACCAGUACCACGACCACUAGUACGACUACUACCACGACACCGGCACCGCGGACGACGCGCAAGAGAAAGCCGUCAACAACCACGACAACCACCGUCGCACCGCCGUCCGAUGAUUACGAAGAGUACGCGGCGGUACCCAAUCGUCAACAGCUGCAGUUACAAGAGCUACAACAAGAAUACCAGCCGCAACGUGAUUACCAACAUCAUCGACCGGCGGCGGAACAUUACGAGACGACGGUGGUUACGACCACGACGGAAGCGGCAAGGGAAGAACGACCGGUACCACUACCGGUGUCGGUGAACAAGUACAAGAAAAAGAAACCGUUUCCGGUGUCCAGGCCCAAGGAACCACAGGAAACGGCGGCGGUCGACUUCGGCCAAGACGAAGUUCCGGAACGUCCAGUGACGUUUACACAGAGUCCUACGACUACGACUACCACGACCGCGGCUACCACUACGACCACGACAACUUCUGCGCCACCGCAAUCGUCAAGUGCCGAAACGGCGGUUGUCACGGAAUCACGACCAAAGAUCAAAAUCAAGUACGGAAACGGUACGCGACCGCGGUUCAGUAUCAAAGACUACAAAACCUCAACCACAUCAACGACCACGACCACUACGGAGAGACCACGAUCCUCGUUGGUAAGUCGGCGAACGACCACCACUACUGCCGCGACUCCAGAAACUGAUGCCGAGACCGUUGUCGACCAGCAGCAGACUACAAUUGCCGUCAAGAAAGUGUACAAACCUCGUGUUCGGCCCAACCGGUACAAGCAAGCGUUUACGGCCACUACGACCACCACGACCACCACGACGGAGGAACCGCAACAGCUUCAAGAAACCACGACGGAACGAUCGGGGGCGGCAUACCGUAGCAAAUACAAGCCCGGCAAGUAUUUAAACAGAUUGAGAACGAGUACCGAAGCGAUAACGGUGCAAGACGAGACAAUUGAACAAGUGGCGGUCACAGAACCGGCUAGACUGGCCGUGUAUUCAGCGAAACGGAAGACCGUACCGUCCACCAGGACGGCCAUGCCACCGCCAGCCAUGGUCACGGUCGCCGAACCAGAGAACAACGGUCUCAGGAGGAGCUCGUCCGUAUCGCCGCCGAUCGAUGCUUACGACUCCGCCGCGUCUUCUGAGUCCAUGAUGGACGCUGCGUCCUCCGAGGACAUGGACUACGUGGCUACCACGGUCGCGGUAACACUCCCCGCGUUGCCCAGACACAAGUACCACACUUCGUACGUGGCAGAACGGCCGCUACUACCCAUCGAAUCCUUCUUCCAAUCGUCGAUGGCCGGCAAGCAGCGGCGUCAUCAUCACGUACGGCGAUGAUCAUGCGAGCGCUCAACAUAACAAUAUCAUAACUUAAUCGCUACUAUUAUUAUAUUGUAAUAAAUUAUUUUAAUGUUGACAAAUGGCCAAGAAAGAUCCGACCACAAUAAAUUUAGAAUGAAAACAAAAUUAGAUUUUUCGUUAGAAUUAUUUUUGAAAAAACUCACCGAAACCCCACUUACAAAUAUUAUGUAUACUGGUCGGAUAAUUCUUGGCCAUCUUCGUUCAAUAGGUAUGGCACGAAUUAAAUAUUUCGUUAGGUACCUACGUCAUAAAACGUCGCUGAACUACAUAAUAUUUCAUAUUAUCAAUUAUUUCUAAUAUUAUUAAUAUAAUAUUAUAAUCGAUGUGACAUGAUCGUUGUAGUCCAUUGAUUUUUUUAGUCUUUAGAAUUAAUAUUGUACAUAAAAUUAAUAUUUUUGUAUUUAAUUUAAUUAUUUUUAUACAUAUAUAUAUAUAUAUAUAUAUUUCUUAUAUUUAACGUAUUUAUAUUAUAACUAUAUUAUCUUAGUAUCAUUAUCCGGUAAUACAAAAACGUAUUUAUUUAGAUAGUAAAAAUUAUUAUAAUUCCUCCACUAUACCUACUAUAAAUUAUUUAUCGCGUGUUCGGAAUAUUAUUGAAAACCCUUCUAUGAUACAAAACUGAAAAUUAUGAACACACACACAUAUGUAUAAUGUUUGUGUUUUCUAAAAUAUUCUAAUUGUACGAUAACUUUUUCGUUUACUAAUCAAUAACUCUAUAGAUUAUUUCUAUAAUAAUAUCGUUGAAUCAAUUUGAAUUGGAAUUACAUUUUUUACAUGAUAAUAAAAUUAAUUUUCACUGAACGUAUUAAAUUAUAGAAAACGCUGUAAUAUUGUACGGCGAAUAAUAGCAAUGAUAAUAAAAUUAUAAAAUUUAUGUGAAUAUUACUACACUCGUCAAAUAAUACAAUAUGUUUUGAAUCUAUUAAAUUAUAUAAUAUGGUUGUUAUUUUGUAUUAGAAAUUAGAAGUCGUAAAAGCGAUAGGUUAAAAUAUAAAAGUAAAAUAUAUUACACGAACACCCACACACACACACACACACAUAUAUAUAUAUAUAUGAAGGGCACAGAAAUAGGGUAGUCGUCCAUUUUUGAAAAUUCAUCGGCAGAACGAAACUUCUCUAUAAACGUAUGAACUGCGUUCUUUCAGUACAUCCAAUAUUAUUCAAUACUUAUCCAAGUGAAACCUUUUUUCGUCGAAUGAAACUCAAUAUUUGAUAUCGUAAUAGUCUCAAAGCGCCGUCGAAUGGCAACGCAUUAUUAUAAAAUUGAAAAAAAAAAAAAAUGAACUACAACCCUUCUUUCCUAGUGUCCUUCGUAAAUAUAUAUAAUAUAUUGUAACGUAGAAAAAUGAUAUGUACUUAUUUAUUUUUUACUAUUGUACAUCAAUUAUUAUUUUAAAAACGCUGCGGAUAAUCAUAUUAUUAAUAUAAACGAAGUUAACAUUAUUAUAUACUAUUGUAUUGUCGUAGAUCCAUAAUUUGUAUUGCUGAAUAAUAAUCAAAAUAAUAUUACAAUAUCCAUUUAAUAUAAUAAAUUUGAUCUAAUUCAAUAUUAUGUAAUAAUGUAUAAUUCACUAUGUACUAUAUACUUGUACUAUACUAUGUACUUCAUCAUUAUUACUCUCUGGAUAUUGUUAUGGUAUUUACCGAUUUUAAACGCCUUAAUAUACCUAAUAUUUUUUAUUUUAAUAUUAUAUACAUGUUAAAAAAAAAAAAACUUUGAUUAUUAUUGCUAAAUUAAAUUUCAC